GUGGGAUCUGCGGGAGGGGCGUGGCCUAGCCGGAAGUCCUGAGUGUGUGUAGGCGGUGCCCUGGUAAGAGGCGGACGCCCUGGGCGCAGGCGCACAGCGCUGCCCCGCCACCGGAAGUGGCCAGGCCUUCCCCCACCCGGGCUCCCUAGCCAAUGCGCAGGCGCAUUCUGCCAGUCGCCGCCACCGCCGCCACCGCCUCUGCCGGCUGGUGCCGCCGCUGUCUCUUCUUUUUGCUCCUCCACGCCGGCGCCUCGGAGACGGGCGCGACUUCCGCUUCCGGGCGGGCGGGCUGGCGGUGCUGGGCUCCCGGGGAGGGGGAGGGGGCGGCACUUCCGGUCGGGCCCUCGGGUCUCCCCCGAGCGGCGGCGCCUUCUCCGCCACCUCGGCCUCCUCCCGGCGGAGACCCCGGCGCCGGGUCUCCGGUGGACCCCAAACGAAAUGGAGGCAAACCCUGCGGGCAGUGGAGCCGGGGUUGGUGGGAGCAGCGGCCUGGGCGGCGAGGACGGGGUUCACUUCCAGAGCUACCCCUUCGACUUCCUGGAGUUCCUCAACCACCAGCGCUUUGAGCCCAUGGAGCUGUAUGGGGAGCACGCCAAGGCCGUGGCAGCCCUGCCCUGCACUCCCGGGCCCCCACCGCAGCCGCCGCCACAGCCACCACCCCCCCAGUAUGACUACCCAGCCCCGGCCACCUUCAAGCCUAAGGCAGAGACGCCCUCAUCCUCCUCUUCCUCCUCAUCAUCCUCCUCUUCCUCUUCUGCCUCUUCCCAAGCCAAGAAGCCCGAUCUACCCCUGGCGCCCGCCUUUGGGGCACCACCGCCACCCCUGUUCGAUGCCGCCUUCCCGGCCCCGCAGUGGGGCAUUGUCGACCUCUCGGGACACCAGCACCUGUUUGGGAACCUGAAGCGAGGGGGCCCAGCCACAGGACCCGGGGGGACACCAGGGCUGGCCACUCCAGCGGGGACACCAGGCCCUCUGCCCACACCUGCUCCAGCCCCACCGGGCCCAGCCGGCACCAGCGCCACGUGUGACCCAUCCAAGGAUGACAAGGGCUACUUCCGGCGGCUCAAGUACCUGAUGGAGCGGCGCUUCCCGUGCGGCGUGUGCCAGAAGUCCUUCAAGCAGUCCUCACACCUAGUGCAGCACAUGCUUGUGCACUCGGGCGAACGGCCCUACGAGUGCGGCGUGUGCGGCCGCACCUAUAACCAUGUCUCCAGCCUCAUCCGCCACCGCCGCUGCCAUAAGGAUGUGCCGCCCACCGCCACCAUGCCGGCCGCAGCUGGGCCUCCGCCCCCUGCUGCGCCCCUGUCACAGCUCGGCUUGCCCGCCCCGGCUGGGGUCCCUGCGGCCGCCGCCGCCACUCCCACCGCCCCCCCUGUCCCCGCUGCAGCGGCCUCCGGACCCCCAGCCACGCCCGCAGAUGGCACUGCCAACCCUGUCCCGGCCGGCCCGGCAGGUGGGGGAGGGCCACCAGUCGGGGCGGGGGGUGGUGACGGCCCAUUCGCCUGCCCGCUGUGCUGGAAGGUGUUCAAGAAGCCCAGCCAUCUGCACCAGCACCAGAUCAUCCACACAGGCGAGAAGCCCUUCUCCUGUUCCGUGUGCAACAAGAGCUUCAACCGCCGCGAGAGCCUCAAGCGUCAUGUGAAGACGCACUCCGCGGACCUGCUGCGCCUGCCCUGCGGCAUAUGCGGAAAGGCCUUCCGCGACGCUGCCUACCUGCUCAAGCACCAGGCGGCGCACGCGGGCACCGGAGCCCCGCGCCCCGCCUACCCCUGCGACCUUUGUGGCAAGUCCUACUCGGCGCCGCAGAGUCUACUGCGCCACAAGGCUGCGCAUGCCCCCCAUGCGCCAGCUUCCAGCGCUGCGCCAGAGGCGCCUAAGGAUGGGGCAACCCCGCAGCCCCCGCCCCCCUUCCCCCCGGGCCCCUACCUCCUGCCCCCCGACCCACCCGCCACUGACAGCGACAAGGCGGCCACCGCCGCGGCCGCGGCCGUGGUCUACGGGGCCAUGCCUGUGCCGCUACUAGGCGCACACCCUCUGCUGCUCGGCAGCGCCGGGACUGGGAGUGCGCCGGGCUCUGGCACUGGCAUUCCAGGCAAGACCUUCUGCUGCGGGAUCUGCGGCCGCGGCUUCGGGCGGCGCGAGACCUUGAAGCGCCACGAGCGCAUCCACACGGGCGAGAAGCCGCACCAGUGCCCGGUGUGCGGGAAGCGCUUCCGUGAGUCCUUCCACCUGAGCAAGCACCAUGUGGUGCACACCCGCGAGCGGCCCUACAAGUGCGAGCUUUGCGGCAAGGUAUUCGGUUACCCACAGAGCCUCACCCGCCACCGCCAGGUGCACCGGCUGCAGCUGCCCUGCGCCCUGGCCGGGGCCGCCGGCCUACCCACAAGCCAAGGCGGGCCAGGUGCCUGCGGCUCUGGCUCCGCGGCUGCGGGGGCGGGCACAGCGGAGGGCCUGAACUACGCAUGCUCUGACUGCGGUGAGCACUUCCCUGAUCUCUUCCACGUCAUGAGUCACAAGGAGGUGCACAUGGCAGAGAAGCCUUACGGCUGCGACGCCUGUGGCAAGACUUUCGGCUUCAUCGAGAACCUCAUGUGGCACAAGCUGGUGCACCAGGCGGCGCCCGAGCGCCUGCUGCCUCCCGCGCCUGGCGGCCCCCAGGCCCCGGAAGGUUCCGGCGGGACGGACGCGGCCAGCGUGCUAGACAGUGGGCUGGCGGGCGAGGUUGGGGCGGCUGUAGCGGCGCUGGCGGGGGUGUCGGGGGGCGAUGACGCCGGCGGAGCAGCGGCGGCUGGCAGCGGGGGUGGUGCCACAGGGGGCCCAGAGCGCUUCAGCUGCGCCACGUGUGGCCAGAGCUUCAAACAUUUCCUGGGCCUGGUGACACAUAAGUAUGUACACCUGGUGCGCCGAACCCUGGGCUGCGGCCUGUGUGGCCAGAGCUUCGCCGGCGCCUACGACCUGCUCCUGCACCGCCGCAGUCACCGGCAGAAACGAGGCUUCCGCUGCCCUGUGUGUGGCAAGCGCUUCUGGGAGGCGGCCCUGUUGAUGCGCCACCAGCGCUGCCACACGGAGCAGCGACCCUACCGCUGUGGCGUGUGCGGCCAAGGCUUCCUGCGCUCCUGGUACCUGCGGCAGCAUCGCGUAGUGCACACGGGUGAGCGUGCCUUCAAGUGCGGCGUGUGCGCCAAGCGCUUUGCCCAGUCGUCCAGCUUGGCAGAACACCGGCGCCUGCACGCAGUGGCCCGGCCCCAGCGCUGCGGCGCCUGCGGCAAGACGUUCCGCUAUCGCUCCAACCUGCUGGAGCACCAGCGACUGCACCUGGGCGAGCGCGCCUACCGCUGCGAGCACUGCGGCAAGGGCUUCUUCUACCUGAGCUCCGUGCUGCGCCACCAGCGUGCGCAUGAGCCACCGCGGCCUGAGCUCCGCUGCCCCGCCUGUCUCAAGGCCUUCAAGGAUCCCGGGUAUUUCCGCAAGCACCUGGCGGCCCACCAGGGCGGUCGGCCCUUCCGCUGCUCCUCGUGCGGCGAGGGCUUCGCCAACACCUACGGCCUCAAGAAGCACCGCCUGGCACACAAGGCCGAGGGCCUCGGAGCCCCCGGGACGGGGGCCAGUGCGGGCACCCUAACUGGGAAGGAUGCCUGACCGAGGCCUGGCCCCUUCGCAGUUCCAGUAGCCCGCCCUGUCCGGCCCCAAGCCCCGCCGCCCGCUGAGCUGUCCCUGUACCCCCUCACUGCCCGCUCGCUGCAAACGUGGACAAACUGUCCUGGAAUUCCUCCAUUCUGACCCCCUGGGCCAGCCGCAUCCCCUCCCAGCCACCAACCCAAGCCUCGAGCCCCGUCCAGCCUGGUCUUGUAACCCUCAUCCAUCCCUGUCCCCGGGGCAUUCUGUCCCCCAAGACGCUUUGGUGGGGUGUGGCUGAGCUGCUCACUCCCCUCUCAGAACCUGGAA